CGAUUGAUGGAGUGGGACUGCUGCUGUUGCGCUUUUAAAACGACAAAAACAGAAGCAGUUAAUGCUGAAUUUUAACGGUUGAUUAAAUGUAAUGCAAGACGGUGGCAUUGAUCUGAGAUUGCACAUUACCGGACUAAAGGUUUAUUCCUGGAUGACAUUAUUCCGGCGUGGCCUUGCCCAUCGCUGCUGGCCUCCAGGACCUACUGUGUGAACUCUGCACUGCUAGUAUUCCUGGCCCAUGGACUUAACUCCAGCAUCAGGCUUCAAAAGGAGGCCUGCUGCCUCCUCUUCCCCAAGUGGAGUUAAAGAGAUUUCCAGAAGCCCUCUUGCCUGCUCUCCCUCCUUGUCUUUGUCAUCUCCUUCAUCUGAUCCGUCUUCGCCCCUGUCUACAUCCUCCUCUGUUUGUGCCAACUCGUCAGUUUAUCAGAAUCAUGUCAAAGGUCAGACACAAGGGACAGAGCUGGCCAGGGUAUCCUCUACUUCUACCUCUGUAACAAUGCAGUCUUUCUCCACACCCACACCCAGCACCAGCUCCUCAGAAUCCUUUCCUCACACGUCUGUGCAGCCACCCGUUGAUUGUGAAGAAGAGAAAAGAGAGAUGUAUGAUCCUUUCCAUCCAACUGAGGGAGUGAAGGGGGAAGAGGGGGAUGGGGAGAAAUAUGACCCAUUUGACCCCACUGGUUCCCCAGCAUCAGAUGCUGAUGAUGGAAGUGGUAAAGUGAGGGGGAUGAAAAGAAAUGCUGAGAGAGGAGAUCAAGAGGAGAAAGAGGAAGAACCUCCAGAUUCCACAGACACAUUGACUGACCUGCCAAGCCCCUGUCUGACCACCCAGCACCCUCUAAGGAGGAGAGUGGACUGUAGCACCACCAAAGCUGGAGAGCAGAGGGAGAGUGCUGACUCCGAUCACUCCGAGAUAGAGGAGGGAGAGAUAGUUGGGGCUGCUGACAGAGAUGGAGGCAACAAGAGACCUGCAGGAGAAAUCCUUCCCCUGAAUUCUCCCAGCGUCUCCUUCUUUGGUUCAAAGCCAGAGCGCAUCCUCCGGGUGCUGGAUGGGGAUGGCUUUGUGUCAGUGCGUGCAGAGAGCAACUGGGAAGUGGACAGAGAGCCCAAGGAGGAGCCUGUCGUAGGAGUAGAGGAUCUGAGAAGGAAGCUGGUCAGCAGACGGAAGGAAAGAUAUCUCUCCUUUCCUGCUUCUUCCCCACUCUCUCCUCAGCCAACACCUCCUCCCUCCCAUCCUCCAGCUUCUACACCCUCUCCCCCUCUCACACCUCCGAUGGAGCAAAGCAGCAAGAACCGCAGCAAGUCCUCCAAGAGCUCCAAGGAUCGUGAACGACAGAAAAGCAAGGAUAGGAAAGCUGGGGAGAAGGAGGAGAGAAGAAAGAAGAGUAGGAAGGACAAAGAGGGAGGUCGGGAGAGGAGCAGAGAAAAGGAGCGAGGGCACAAGAGAGGGAAGGAGGUUAAAGGAAGGAGGAGCACCAGGAGCAGUAGCCGGAAGAGGAAGAAAAGACAGCACAGCAGCCCAGAGGCCUCACGAUCCUGUAACUCUUCAGGAAGAGGCAGCCACACUAGACACUCCUUUUCCAAUCUAUCAGAAGAAAGACACAGAGAGAAAAAAAGAGAUAAAGACAGAGGAAGAGAGAGAGACAGGGAAAGGGAAAGGGACAGAGACAGUGACAGAAUGCAACACCGGACCAGUAGCCAUAGAAGAGAUGGAAGAGAUCGAGAUUCUAGCUCCAGAAGGGAGGAGGGGGAAAGGAAGGGAAGACAACAUUCAAGCAGCAGAGAGCGGGGCAUUUCAAAGAGGUCCAGAAAAAGCAGGGAAAAGAGGGAUGGUGAUAGAGACAGGCAGCGUGAGAGGGAACGCCGACGGGACGGUCGUCCUGUUGUUCCACCAUCUAUCCAAGACCUCAAUGGGUCUGACCUCUUUGCCAUUAAGAGAACUAUCACGGUCACCACCACCACAACCACCACCACUGUACCCGGCUCCCCAAGACUUGCCCCAACCUCCCCGUGUCGGCCCACACAGGACUCUGACAAGCCCCACAAGAGGAAGAAGAAGAGAAAAUGGCACUCAGCUGGAGAGAUGGACGACCAGGGAAGUUGUCACAGCCAGUCACAGUCACUCUCACCACCAAGGUAUCACAGCUACGAGUCAGACCGCUAUUCAGACAAAUUGGAGAUUGACGUGUUGUCUUUGGAUGGUGAGGCUUUGGACUCAGACUACCCAUCUUUGGAGGAUACACCUCCCGCUGCCCUGCCUCCAGAGCCACUCGUCCCCAGCCCCAAAAUUAAAACUACCCCAAAGACUGGACGACAUCACCCAAAAAAGAAAUCUCGCACAAUAAAGAAAAUUGGUCAGUCAGAAUCCUCCUCCUCCUCUUCCAAUAGAACCAAAAGCAAAUGCCUCUCCUCACUGACAGUCACUUCAGGCUCUGCCUCCGCCUCAUCUGGCUUUCCCUCAGCAAAGCGAGGUAGGAAGAUGGGAAAGGACAAAGACCGUGACAAAGGCAGCAGAAAGGAUUUGGGUCGCUCUGGCAAAUCCAAGAAAGAGAGCAGCAGCAGUCAGAAAGGCAAGCUCCAGUCGAAAGUCUCUGUGCUGGUACGUGAGGGUGUGAGCAGCACCACAGGGGCUUCUGUUGGGUCAGGAAAGCUGGGUAUGGACCUCCUAGGACCAGGAGGUGCAGGGGGUGUUGCUGGGGGCUCUGUGGUGGGUGGCUCAAUAGCGGUAGUCUUCUGCAGGGACAAUGAGAGCAGGUCUCCAUUCCUCAAACCUUGCUCAGAGCCACUGUCACUGGGCAGCCGCAGUAAAGAUCUGGCCAGUAUGGGAAAGCGAAGUAGCCUGGUUGCACCACCAUCCUCCUUAACCAGUCCUGCAGGACUUAAAUCCAAAAAAACAAAACCAAGCUCCAUCACAUCCACUUCUUCCUCUGCCUCCUCCCCAUCAUCAACUCUGGCAACCAAGCGCCGUCGUCGUCUUGCCAAGAAGACAAGAGAAAAGACUGUGGCUGUAGGGUUGACAGCUGGAGACGACAGCCAAACAAAAGCACUGUCUGAGGGCUGGGGUGGAGCCUCCUUAGAUGUUCAGUCAGCCAGUGGAGAUGGGAGCAAGUCAGUCAGUCCACAUACUAGCCAAGCUGGCCCUGCGCCCUGUUCCUCCUCCUCUUCCUCCUCCUCUUCCUCCUCUACCAGUGUACUUCCACCCUCUUCCUCGCCACCCCACACACCUCCACCGUCUAUGGCUCCAAUGCGGGACACCAGGGAGUCUUCGCCAGACUCUCAGACUGUGGACAGCAGCUGUAAGACUCCAGACCCAUCAUUCCUAGCCGAGGACUGUCCAACUCAAACCACCCCCACACUCCCGGCAUCCAGUCCGUCCAGCCUUUCCACCCCCCAGGGAGCUGGCCUCAGCAUUGCCUUGUCUACACUCUCUGCCAAGCCCUGUACUCCAGAUGACGCAACCAAAUCCCUGGCCUCGCCCCCGUGCUCGUCCUCUUCCGCAAGCUGUGGUCUCACUUCCGUUUCCCUGCCUCUAUCAUCUUCAUCAGAACCCUCUUCCUCCUCUGUGUCUUCCUCGUCUGCUAGUAAGCCCCCCCCUCCCCCCCCUCCAGCAGCGCCUGCCCUCCCCUGGAGUCUGCAGACCGGGGUGGACUGCACAACUGGAGGAGUUCUAGCAUUGACUGCUCUGCUUUUUAAAAUGGAGGAGGCCAAUAUCGCCAGCAGGACGAAAGCACAAGAGUUCAUUCAAGCAACCAGCCAGAUUCUCACACAGGCCAAUCAGAACCAGUCCCAGCAGCUUGCCCCUCCCUCAUCAGCCUCCUCCUCCUCCUCCUCACAGAUCCCUCCCCCUCCCUCUCUUCCUCCGCCUCCUGGUCUGAGCCCAGCCCAGUUCAUCCUGCACAGCUCUCUUCCAUUGGUCGGCUGCACCAAAACUCCACCCUCUCUCCUGCACCCCUCCAUAGGUGGUGGAUGUGCACAGACCCCGCCCCCCAUCAUGCCUGUGGGGCUGUCUGGAGUUACUGGGAGCUCUGGUGACACUGGUUGGGACAAUGAGAGCAAAGACCCUGAUAAGUACCUGAAAAAGCUGCACACCCAGGAGCGGGCAGUGGAGGAGGUGAAGCUCGCCAUCAAACCUUACUAUCAGCGAAAAGACAUCAACAAGGAUGAAUACAAAGACAUCCUCAGGAAAGCAGUGCACAAGAUCUGCCACAGCCGCACUGGGGAAAUCAACCCUGUCAAAGUCAGCAACCUCGUAAAGCUGUACGUUCAGCGCUACAAAUACUUCCGGAAACAUGGACGUAAAAUGGAUGAGGAAGAGAGGGAUGACAGGGAAACAGGAGCGCUGCAGUCCUCUGCCUGAUAGGAGACUUUUAAAAAUGUUCCCCCCACCAUCUUGAUUUGGAAGAUCUGGGCAAUCCACUGAUUGUUUUUGUCUGAUAUUUUUAUUGUUUCACAGCCCACCUUGUCUAUGCUUUUAUGUGAUCUUUCUGAAGCUUCUGCUCUUAUCUCUAUGAUCUCACUGUAAAUAUGUCUCGCAUAGAAAAUGUAUCAUCUAUACAGUGUUCAAAAAGUGGAUACUAUCGCACACCUGUGUGAUGUAAAACAGUUCAGUUAACCAACCCUGCAAUAAAUCCUGCCUUUGUGAAGCUUAUAGUUUUUAAAUUUUGUUGUCCAUUGGAAGUUUCACAAUGGUGGCACUAAUUGCAGGGCUUUUUUUUUUUCAAUAAUAUUGGAUUAGGUGUUGAUGCUGCUUUGUCUAUCCCAUCACAAUGUAUAUCAACAUCCAAGCCAAGGAGAGAUGUAAUGCCCAGUUACAUAACCAAAAUAUGUUGUACUAUAUUGUAGGGAUGCUACACCACAUUUUCCCUCCCUCCCCUUGUCUCUGCAGACAGUAUGAUGGUACAAAUACAUUGACAUCUCUCAGUACUUUGAUUUAGCGAUCUGUUUUGUGUGCAUGUGUUAGGUUGAGAAAAUUGCUAAAUCUCUUUAUAAAAAGACUUGACCAACAAGAUAUAAAUGUUGCUUGAAAACCAGUAUGCAAUAGAAUGACCUUAUUUAUUUAGUCUGUCUUUAUUUAUUUUUUUGUUUUCCGGCCACAGCUAUUGCUGGUGCAGGGGCGUUAUUAUUUCUGGGUUGUCCUUCCGUCUGUGCCAUCCUGAACAUGUUAUCUCAAGAACGCCUCAAAGGAAAUUUGUCACAAAUGUCCACUUGGACCCAAAGAUGAACUGAUUAGUUUUUGGUGGUCAAAAGUCAAGGUCACUGUGACCUUGUCUGGCAUUGUUGUAACUAUCUCAAGAAUGCCUUAAGAGAAUUUCUUUAAAUUUGGCACAAACAUCCACAUGGAUUUAACGAUGAAGUGAUUAGAUUUUGGUGGCCAUAGGUCAAAAUUCAAGUACAUGUGACCUCAUCUGUCUCAUUCUUGUGAACAUGAUAUCUUAAAAACAUCAUGAGGGGAAAUUCUUUAAAUUUGGCACAAAUGUUCACUUGGACUAAAGAAUAAACUGAAUUUUGUGGUCAAAGGUCAAGGUCAGUGUAACCUCACAAAAUGUUUUUGGCCAUAUCUCCAGAAUUCAUAUGCUAAUUAUGACAAUACUUAACACAAAUGUCUAAUAGAAUAAGGUAAUGAAGUGAUGACAUGUUAUGUCCAAAAGGUCAAAGGUCAACUUCACUGUGACAUCAUAAUGUUCUACAUUAAACAUUUAUUUCUGGAACAGAAGGGGAAACAUUUGGUCAGAUACUUAAUUGGUGGCACUCAUCUUGCGUGUCCACCUUGAAACUCUGCUGAUUGUAUAGAUCUGUGCUGUUGGGAGUACAAUGGGUGUUAAACAUCCAUGUUUUCACAGAUAUGGAUGUAAAUUGUAAGGGAAAUUUGACUGCUGUGCAGAGGCAUACAACCGUGGGGAGGUAAUUCUAGUCUAUAUUUGCAUUUCAGGUCCUCUAGGACUUAAAGCCCCAUUUCCACCAAAAACUUCAGGUAUAGUACCUUUAGAACUGAUAGUCCCUUACGGACAUGUACCUAGACCCUAGAUCUGUUUAGCGUUUCAACCAAACAAACAGUACUCUAAAAUGUGGGCAGGUUUCUUUGUUACUCACUGCUCCUUCCAGCUCUGGCUGUAUUUUCUCUUCAGUUGUGAUACAGAGGGAGGUCUGUACCUCAUUUAUCGUCCACAGAACGGGGUUGCACGCAGACGUUUUCAGAACAAAAAAGAACAGGCUGCAGUGAGAGUCUCUCUCAUAAUGAUAUUUAAAAAUAGCAGGUUUGCGCAUUUAGUCCUUGUCAGGCAAGAGCACGGUUGUAGUGCUGCCGGAGCACAAGAGUACGAUGUUCGGCCACGUUUUUUCACCAAGUGAGGUUUAGAAUAUGCUGGGUUUCCACAGUCAUGGAAAAUCUGUGGAAGGUCAUGGAAAUUCACAG